CGGUGGCUAAUAGUUUUGUGUGCGCCUAUGCAUAUGCGUAUGCAGCCAUGUGUGCGCGUGUGCGUGAAUUAGAAAUUUUGAAUUGCAACUACAAGAUCCAAAUAUUGUAAUGGAUAAUAGAUAUUUAUUUGUUACCUAAUUAAUAUAAUUCACAUGAUAUAAAAUGAUGAAUUUUAAUAAUCCACUGGGUCCGAAGCCGGUGCUACCUACGGAAGAAAAUAAAGAAACUUCAAACGAACGAGUUCCAUUUUUGAUGUACGAUGAAAAAAUGGAUAAAAUUGCAUUGUACCUUAUUGGUAAUCAUGAAAGAUUUCGAGAAAAUAUAAUAAUACCAAGGGUCUUAGGUGGAGGUUAUAUUAAAUCUAACGAAGAGAAAACUAUCGAACGUUUUAUGGAAAGCUGCGCUUUCAAAAGUAUUAUGAGCUGUAUCAUAGGGCUUGGACUUGGAGGUGUAUUAGGCUUGUUUACUUCAAGCGUCAACCCAAAUGUUGAAAAACAGCAGACAGCUCGUGAGGUUUUUCGAGAAAUGAAAUCUACAACUGUGGCAUAUGCAAAAAAUUUUGCUGUGAUUGGUUUUGUAUUUUCAGGCGUUGAAUGUGCGAUAGAAACAUAUAGAGGUAAAACAGAUUGGAAAAAUGGCACAUAUGCUGGUGGUUUAACGGGAGGACUGUUAGGCCUUAGAGCUGGCGUAAAGGCAGGUAUAAUCGGUGCUGCCGGCUUCGCAGCCUUUUCUACAGCCAUAGAUUAUUAUAUGCACAAGUCCUGAGUCACAUGCAAACGCUGCAAAACUGCUCACAACUCUCCGUAUUUCUUAAGUCUCGAUAUGUAAAAAGUAAAAUGUAAAAAAUUACCAAUAUUGAUCGUACGUAAUGUAAUGUAAAGCCAGUUGACAAGUCAGAAUAAUCUGUAUACAAUAUAAAUAUAAAAGAUUCUGUUAACAUGUAAAAAGUUUUCAAAAUCUUUCUUACAUCUAUUUAAGUCUGGAAUUAUUCAGUAGAAAUAUUGAAUCUAAAAUUUUUAAUACACAAGAAGUC